AUGCUUAUUCAGAGAAUGAGAGUAGCGUUUCAGAUUUUGUCGCUCAAUACGCAAUUUGAUAGGACACGUGAGCGUGUGAUAAAACCCGAGCUGACCUGUAAAGCGGGACCAACAGACAGAGCUGCCGUGCCUCGCAGAACUUCCAGCCAACCCAACCCGCACAAGUCGCGAGGCCCGCGUCUCCGUGUCUCCCAAUCCAACCAGCCGAGUCGCGAUCUCCCCCACAGAAAAACAGAGCCGCGCACGCAUCGUUGGUCCAGCUCCCCUCCCCUCCCGCAGCUCCGCCCCCGCCUCCGAGUCCGGCGACCGCGAGCAACCCAGCCGGAGACAGCUGCGGGCGAGCGAACCGCGAUGGGGCUGUGCUCGUGCUGCUGCCGGUGCCUGGAGAUCAUGUGCGCCAUCCUCCUCCCGCCCCUCGGCGUCUGCCUCCGCCACGGCUGCUGCUCCAUGGAGUUCUGGAUCAGCGUGCUGCUCACCAUCCUCGGCUACCUGCCGGGCGUCCUCUACGCCGCCUACGUCAUCUGCUCCGUCGACCCCGACCGCGUCCGCCGCCGCGGCGACAGCGACGACGACUACAUCUACGUCGCCUGA